AUGGCUCUUCUCUCCUUACGUUUGGCAUCUUCAAUUGCGAGACAAUUACCGAAUAAUACGAUUCAGGUAAUAUAAAAAAAUAAUAUCUUCUUAGUAGUAAUUUGUUUAUGAGAAAAUAUUUAAAUGGAACAUGCCGACAUUUUUCAUUUUGCAAUAACCACACGUACUCAUACAAGCAAUUAUUUAUAUUUUUAUUUUUAAACAAAUAAAACGUCUCUUAUUAAUUACAAUCGCUUUUAUUGAAAUUUUAUGACAAUUGGAAUAUGUGUCACAAAUUUUUUUCUCUGUACAAUAGAUUACAUAAACAGAAUAGUGCCAAGUUAUGUAAUAAGUAUUUGGGUAGCAUAUUUUUACAGUAUAUAAUAACAACUCGUUUUAAUUUUAUAUUAUAGAUCAAAUGGCCUCUUAGUAUAGCCUCUUGCAAAUACCAUGUAUCUUGCAGUCGACGCUCUGCUGAAAUUUCUUCCAUUUUGGAAGAACGUAUUCUUGGUUCAGCCCCUAAGACCAAUCUUGAGGAAACUGGAAGAGUGCUUAGCAUUGGUGAUGGUAUUGCCCGUGUUUAUGGUCUGAAAAAUAUUCAGGCAGAUGAGAUGGUGGAAUUCAGUUCAGGGUUAAAAGGCAUGGCUUUAAAUUUAGAGCCAGACAAUGUUGGUGUUGUCGUUUUUGGUAAUGAUAGACACAUUAAAGAAGGUGACAUUGUUAAACGUACUGGAGCUAUUGUUGAUGUUCCGGUUGGAGAAGAAUUGCUGGGACGUGUUGUAGAUGCAUUAGGUAAUCCUAUUGAUGGUAAAGGACCACUUAAUAACAAGUUGAGAUUCCGUAUUGGUACUAAAGCACCUGGCAUUAUUCCUAGGGUGUCUGUGCGAGAACCUAUGCAAACUGGAAUCAAAGCUGUAGAUUCUUUAGUACCUAUUGGUCGUGGUCAACGUGAAUUAAUCAUUGGGGACAGACAAACUGGGAAAACUGCACUUGCUAUUGACACAAUUAUCAAUCAAAAACGAUUUAAUGAUGCUGGAGAUGAGAAAAAAAAGUUGUACUGUAUUUAUGUUGCUAUUGGUCAGAAAAGAUCCACUGUUGCACAAAUAGUAAAACGUUUGACAGAUAGUAAUGCUAUUAAUUAUACUAUUAUUGUUUCUGCAACUGCCUCUGAUGCAGCGCCUCUUCAAUAUUUGGCUCCAUACUCUGGAUGUGCAAUGGGAGAAUUCUUCAGAGAUAAUGGAAAGCAUGCUUUAAUUAUUUAUGACGAUUUAUCGAAACAAGCUGUUGCUUAUCGACAGAUGUCUUUAUUGUUAAGACGACCACCAGGUCGUGAAGCCUAUCCUGGUGAUGUAUUCUAUCUCCACUCUCGUCUUCUUGAACGAGCAGCAAAGAUGAAUGAAAGUUUGGGAGGUGGUUCAUUAACAGCUUUGCCUGUUAUUGAAACACAGGCUGGUGAUGUGUCUGCUUAUAUUCCCACUAAUGUCAUUUCCAUUACUGAUGGACAAAUUUUCUUAGAAACUGAAUUGUUCUAUAAGGGUAUUCGUCCUGCGAUUAAUGUAGGUUUAUCAGUAUCUCGUGUCGGUUCUGCUGCCCAGACUAAGGCUAUGAAACAGGUUGCUGGGUCUAUGAAGUUGGAAUUGGCUCAAUAUCGUGAAGUAGCAGCGUUUGCGCAAUUCGGUUCCGAUUUGGAUGCUGCAACCCAGCAAUUGCUGAAUCGUGGUGUCAGAUUGACAGAACUUCUAAAACAGGGACAAUAUGUACCCAUGGCUAUUGAAGAACAAGUAGCUGUUAUCUACUGUGGUGUCCGAGGAUAUCUUGAUAAAAUGGAACCCACUAAAAUCACAGCUUUUGAAAAAGAAUUCCUCGCCAAUAUUAGAACUAACCAACGAGACCUCCUAAAUACUAUUGCUAAAGACAACACAAUUAGUGAAGCUUCUGAUGCAAAAUUGAAGCAAGUUGUCACCGACUUCCUUGCUUCCUUCUCA